AUGGCUGACUUAGAGCUCUUCAGCGUCACGGUGCUGGGAGGCGCGCGGUGUGGCAAGACCUCCUUGGUCAAUGCCUUUGUGAACCAUGCCUGCCCCUCCGUACCGCAGGAGACCGAGGAGCCACAGCUCUACUACAAGACGCUGAGUAUCCCAGCGCCAGCCGAGCUGAACAAGCCGCCUCUCUCCGUGCUGGUCGAGAUCGAGGACACCGCCGCGGGGAGAUCCGCGGACGGCGCCGGGAUCGAAGAUUUCCUGGAUGUCCACCGCGACGGCUUCGAGGACGAGGAGUCCACCGAGCUGCUGGGGGGCUGCCGCGCCCCGCAGGUGGGGAUGUAUCGGCCACUGUCACGCAGGCGGAUGGGCUUCCUGCUGCUCUUCGACGGCUCGGAGGCCUCUCUGGCUGAGGCCUUAGAGCUGCACGGUCGCAUCAAGGAGCGGAACGGGGAUGGCCCGGUGGUGUGCCUGGUGGCCAACUUGCUGUGCGAGCCAUCGGAUCCUCUCGCCGCCAGGAGGUACGCGGAGGAGAAGGGGAUCCUCUUCUUCGAGCUCCAGGGCUUCGACCUGAAGAAGGUGAAGCAGCUCUUCCGGGCGGUUCUGAUCGCCAUCUACGGGCGCCCGAAGCUCUGGAGUUUGGGCAAGCGCCGCAAGCGAGCGCGGCAGGCCACCGAGGACAUCGACCAAACGGAGUACGACUCCGAGGUGGAGGACGAGGACUUGGUGCGGGAGGCGACCCAGAGGGCGCAGGAGGCGCAGGAGGUGCGGGAGGCCGCGAAGGUUGAGGCGGGGGUUCCGAUGAUGGAGGUUGGCUCUGGGCAUCCCGGGGCGGUACUGGGCCAUUUUCAUGAGCGCUACUAG